ACAAUUUGGAACAAUAUUCCCGGUGGUAUACCCGAGGUGAAAGAUGAAAAUACGGAUGACAUUUUGAUGAAGGUUGGUUCUUUAAUUGGAUUAGAGUUAACGAGAAAUGAUAUAUCAGUGAGUCAUCGAUUACCAAAAGGAUCUUACAGUGCUGCAGUAAGAGGAGGAUGUAAAACAACGGAGACGAGAGAUCACUUUUAUAAAGGAAGAAAACACUUGCGAGAUAAAUCGACAAGAGACUUGGGUCUUGUUAUAUAUUGGGACAUAGUUAGUAACUAUGAUUGGGAUAACAAAAUUUACAUCUCGGAAAACCUUACCCAAGCCAAAAAGGAUCUCUUUAAGGAAAGUCUGAAAGUUAGGAAGGGUCUAAAGUACAAGUUCAUCUGGACUUUUUAUGGUCGUACUUAUCUUCGGAAAGAUUCAGAAAGUCCUGUUGUUGCUCUACAGAAGAAGUCUGACCUGGAUAUCCUGAAGCAAGAAGACCUUUUACUUGAUGUUCAGGCUAUUGAAUGGGAAAAUAUGUUUAAGGAGAAUGAUAUCAAUCACAUAUUUGAUUCUUCCUACUCUGUAAUUAUUAACUACAAGAAAUAA